AGAUUCGAAGUCAGUUGGGCAACGAGCUUGCGGCUAAAGCCUGUCAAAGUCAAAGCUCCCCGAACAGUGGUCGUUUCUAUUUCGUCCGAUUACAGUCACGGUUUUUUUCAAUCGUCGAAAAAAUUGCCCACCAAAAAUUUCUUUAACCUCAGCGCGCGCGGUGAAUCAAUAUUUUUUUUUAAUUUUUUUUUUCUCAAAAGGGUUUGUUAGGGAAAAUUUAAAAAAAAUAUAUUUAAUUUUUUUUUUCAACGGGAUAAUUAAAAAUUAAAUAUUAGAUUAUGACGAAAAGACAAACCGUGGUCGUGAAAUUACGGAGACCAAGUCGAUGUCAACCGUGGGGUAUCAGCAUCGCCGGGGGUGCUGAUUUAGGAACACCGAUCAUCGUCACCCGUUCGGAGAACGAAGACCUCCAGAAGGGUGACGUGAUCAAAAAAAUUGACGAGUACGACGUUCGGGACUUGAGACACAUUGACGCCCAGAAUCUGCUAAAAAAUUCAGAGUCUGUAAGACUUGUCAUCGAAAGGUCUGAUUCAUUGAGAGAUUACACAUCUCAUUAUCAUUCAUCGCAAUCAUCGAUUUUCAAAUCAAUCAUUGAUGAUAAUGGGGCUCACGGUUUAAAUUUACCAAAAUUGGCACAGGAGCAAAAAAUUUUGCCAAAAAGUCCAAUUCCACCGGCAACGCCAAUUGAGGAUGAUUUCUCCAGUCUAUCGAGUACGGAACAUAUUCAUCUUGCGAGAGAACAUUUAGAUGAAAUACGAGAGGAGAGGAUUUACCUUUCUCAGCCUUAUCGAACGACCCCCCUUGUUUUGCCAGGAGCAAAAAUAAAAAAAGAUGCCCCCCUUGGUGAAUGCUAUCUACGUCAUCAUCCAAAUCCGAUGAUAAGAGCAGCACCACAUCAUUAUGAGAUUGCACAUCCCGAAGUUGCUAUGAAACAAAAAGUGGCUGAGUCGGUUCUACAGCGUGUUUUGGGACCCGAUGAAUUGCCUAAGGUUGUGCAUAAGCAAUUCAAUACACCGAUCGGACUCUACUCUGAACAAAAUAUCGCGGACACUAUUAAAUGUCAGGCAUCUGCCAUUCCCAUCAAGAAACCGGUGAAGUACGACCCGAGUAAGAGCGAAGCAUACAAGGCUCUUCAGGACGACGCAUUUGGGGAUUAUGCACAUCACGAAAUCAGACAGCCAGCACGUACCGGAGUUUUCUCACCACAAAGAUCAAAUCAUAUUGGGGCACCACAACCACCACCAAGGAGUCCUGCCUCAUUUGGUGGGAACUUUAGACGCCCUUUUCCUCUUCCUUUCGUUAAGGAUCGAGUCAAUGACUACUGAAAUUUUAUAGACGAUGAUGAAAAAAUUCAUCAAAGCAACAGCUUCAAGAGAAUCAUGUACAGUGUGAUGGGCCAUUCUGAUUUUUGAAGAAAAAAAAAAAAAAAAAAAACCAAAUCUGAACUGAAUUGAAAAAAAAAAAAAUAUUUAUAUUUUGUUACGUGACAACAAUAUUGCAAUUAUUAACUGUGAAAAUCGAAAAAAAAAAUUUUAUUUUUUUUCUACACAUAUAUAUACACACAUCCCGAAGAAUUAAAAUAAUUAACGUUUCAACGAGAAGAAAAAAAAAAUUUACAAAUUUUAAUGAAAUUUUUUAUUUUAAUUCUCUUAUUAUUUAAAUUGAAUAUAUCUAUAUACAAAUUAUAUACAUAUAUUUAUGUUUUUAAUUUUAAUUUUUAAUUUAAGUCUUAUUAUUAUUAUUAUUAUUUUACGCACAAAGCCCAAUUAUUUUUCCUCCACUGACGUAGAGAAUAAAAUAAUAUAUAAUAUUUUA